AUGCAAGAUCAACUGCAGGCUCAGAUGCAAGAACAGAUUGCUAAAAUGCAACAAGACAUGAGGAACCAAAUGCAAGAAUCCCAAAGAAACAUGAUGGACCAACUAGCCCAGCUGUUGGCCCAAAGGUCCGAUAAAGGAAAAAACCCUGUAGUCAAUCUUGAGGAUGAUCAGAAAGACCUCACUUAUCCUCCAGGCUUUUCCCCGACCAAUAUUCAAGCACAACUAGAGGUGUAUCCCCAAAGAGUGCCUGUCACUAUUAGAUCCCAAUCUCAGGUCGGUGCCUCGACACCAAUAAACUUCCCAACAGGCUCGAGUUCUAACCCGAGGGAUAAUCCAACUAAUCCCGUUAUCUCUGACCUUAAUGACGCAGCAGAAAUAGAAAAGGCAAGAGUAGAUCUGCCAAAACAACUCGAGGUCCGGUGCAAAUGUCUUGAAGAAAAAUUCAAAGCAAUGGAGACCGCUGAUUGCCGUUGCGGGAUCGAUGCUAAGGACUUAAGCUUGGUCCUAGAUCUGGUGCUCCCAUCAAAGUUUAAGACUCCGGAAUUUGAAAAGUAUAAUGGGACAAGCUACCUUGAAGCUCACAUUAUGAUGUUCUGUCGAAGAAUGAUAGGAUAUGUUAACAAUGAUCAGCUGCUAAUUCACUAUUUCCAAGACAGUCUGAUCGGGUCUACAGCCAAGUGGUAUAACCAGCUAAGCCGUGCCCAAAUUGGUUCAUAA